AUGCAUACAGUGGCCGCGGAAGAGCUACCUGCGCCUUCGCCUGCGCCUGCACCUAUGACCGAUGGAAAACAUAACAAGUUCCACUUUGUCAAUGAGAAUCCACGCAUGGGUAGCGAUGCACCGGCGGACUCACCGCCCUCUAUAGCAAUCAUGUCGGCUGAUUCUUCUGUGGAUGACAUGCUGCCGGUGAGGAAUGGUAUUGGCGUUACAACUAAAGCGCAACGUGGGCUGGAUUUGGAUGGCAAUGAUGGCAAUGAUGACAUAUCUCGAGGGACCCCAACCUCUGCUGCCCCAUGGAGUGACGACAAUCAGGAAUCUGAAAGGCAUCUCCAGCCUGCUGCGGUUGGCCUGAGGAGUGGAGAUUCUCCAUUUAGUGACCAAGACGAGUUUGCCAUUCACGGCCUACUCACUUUGGGAACAAGCGAUAUUCGGCAUGAGGUUUCAACGACCAUCUCUCCGCCUGGAAUCCAUUCCAGUACUACACUAACGACAUCAUUCCGACAUCCGCUUGGGAUCAGAAAUCGUGCAGCCUCAGGGACAAAUUUAAGUAAUCCGAAUGGGAGGAAUACGACUCCUGCAUCUAGGGCCUUUUCCCCCACGCUCGCUGAUACCGAUAUUGUGCCUACAGACUCUGGGCUUGAGCUUUUGCGCCACUAUCGCUAUAACGUGGCUCCCUGGCUUGAUAUCUGUGAUUUGAGUCAACCAUUCGGGACUACUGUCCCCCAGAUGGCAAUGGGAUCGGACUGCAUCCACUCGGCAAUAAUGAGACUUUCAGUCGCAUGCGUCAUUAGACGAGCUAAAGAUGUGCCUACUAUCCCAGCUAAUAAUGCUGCAAAUCAACCCUGUUUAUAUUCGACUUCAACGGAGGAAGCCCUGUACUUGGUGCUCGAGGAAGUACGAUCUUUUGUCACGAAUGUUUCGGAGACUUGGAAGCAUACUGACAGGGGCGACCUGACUCUUUUCCAUUCUCUUGCCAAACACGCCUUUGACGGCAAUAUCAACUCGACGAUCUAUUGGAUGUUUUUACGCUUAGACUUAGGCAUCGCAUUAGCCAGCAGUACCCCCAUCACGGUUCCACUUCCUAUGGAGGCAAUUCCCUGUCUGUCUGUCCUUUCUCGUUCAGAGAACACAUACGAUAGAGUUUGCAAUUAUACGCAUACUAUCCUCUGGUUAUGUGGGAAAGCUCUGGCACUGUAUCAUUUGGAUACCAUCCCGCAACCGUCGUCGGCCUCGCACGAUCCAGUUAAAGACUGGCUGCAGACAUUUGAAGAAGUUGCUCAUUGGUACCAGUUGCAGCCACAGGAGUUUCGGCCAGUGGUGGAAAUUGAUAAAGAUGAUGCUAAUUUCAACCCCGAUGGCGAAUUUCCAAUGUUACUGUUUACCAAUGGGGCGGCAUCAUUGUGUAAUCAGAUUUAUCAUACGGCAAUGCUGAUAUUACUCCAGUGCAAACCGCGUACUAUCCUUCUGGGCAAACUCCACUCCCUGGCUCUGUCACCCUUGUGGCACGCACAACGUAUCUGCGGUAUUGCCAUCAACAAUGAUCGCCGUGAGUGUUGGGAUCCUUGUCUUCUUGCAUCAUUUCUUGUCGCAGCAAGGCACAUGACGCAUGAAUAUCAACAGAGAGAAAUUCUCCAAGCAUACUAUCGCAUCCAUAACAUUACAGGCUGGGAUAUUGGUGAAUACUUGACCCAACUGCGGGAAUAUUGGACGUUCUUGGAAGGCAAUUGA